AGCGGUCGAAUAGUGCAUUAGAAAAAGACUCGCCGAGCCUCGACCCCCUCCCCGAAAUCACACCCUAUUUUUUGUUUUUGUGAUCUGUUUUUCGCGUGAUUCGAAAAUGCUUUGUGUGAUCUGCAUGGUGUUGGGCAUCAUCGUGUCGGUCGCCGGACAACCCCAUGCCCGUGCUAGCGAUCUCUACUAUACGGACAUCACCCCGGUAAACGAUGACACACGGUACACCGCCCUCAAUCCGGACGUGGUGCUCAACGAGAUGAACAAGGUGAAGCACUCUAAGGGCAACAUCGUCUUCACCUCGGGCGAGCGGACAUCGGGGGAUCGUCUCAUUGUGAAUCACUACGACGACGACAACUUCGCCAGCGCCCUGGACGUCGAGGUGCUGAUGAGCUAUCCGGCCGGAACCAGCACCGGAGUCACGCUCACCUGCAUCGAGGUGUAUGUGGACAUGACGGCGGACGACAGUGGAGGAUAUCUGAGCAAGGGUGGCAUCGGCCAGACCAACGUCGAGAUCCUGCUCACCUCCAAUCUGACCCGCAGCUUCGUCUACGAGACGUUCAUCUACGGCUACUAGGCCAUGCUGCUCCCCCACAACUUUCAGCUACAAUAAAAGUUUCGCUUGGAACCCAACUGUGAUCAUGAACUCCAGCACCUGCCCCUAAACCUGCCCCACCUGCCGAGAGUAUUAUUAGUCUUAGACCUACAUUAAACAAAGAAAACUCAAACAGACUCCUGUGCAACUCCACACAACUUGUUUCGCUUAUCCAAACCAUUAAAGAAAUAAUAAAGUGUUCCUCUUUGGUUGGCGCCCUAUCGAAAGCAAUAUUGUUCAGACUGGGUUACACUACCUGGCGAUCUUCAAGAGAUCUCACAUAUAGUCAAUAUGAUGAGGGAAGUAGAAUAUCACUGCAGCUCAAUCAGGUAUCAAUAAGGGGAGAAGUACAAUUGUUUGUAUAAACACGAAAAUAAAUAUCCAUUUAUAUGCACCGCUAA